AUGCUGCGCGCCCAGCUCGCUCGUGCGCCGCCAUCGACCAUGUCCGUCGAACAACGAAGACGGGACGAGAUGGGGAAGGGGAAGGCUGUCGAGUUGGACGUUGAGGAGAAGGAGGUGGAGCUGCGGCCGACCAGCCGGGAGGAAGCUCUUGCAGAUAUGCCUCGGCGAUACUUCGUUUUGUCGACGGCGGGAAAGCUGGUCUAUACCUCUGACGACGACGAGGAAGCCGCUACGGGUCUUGUGGGCGUGAUGCAGGCCAUCAUCUCCAUCUUUGCGGACGAGGGUGACAAGAUCCGCUAUGUCGACGUCGGCCAAACGAAGAUCUCGUUUCUGCUGAAGCCGCCUCUUUACCUGGUCGUCGUUAGCUCGCACGGAGAACCGGAGAACAUCCUUCGAAUGCACCUUGACUACCUGUACCUUCAAAUGCUCAGCGUCGUCACGCUCGCGCAGCUGCAGGCCAUCUUUGCCAAGCGGACGAACUUCGACUUGCGGCGGAUGAUGGAGGGCACAGAACCGUUCUUCGACUCGCUCGUCUCGACGCUGCAGGUCUCCCUCCCCAUGCUCCUCUCCUCGAUAGAAGUCUAUCGGCUGCCGACACCGACACGAGAGGAUCUCGCUCGCGCACUCAACCCAGGUCGCGACGUCAUACGCGACCUGGACCUCCUCUACGUCCUGUUACUUGCCAAAGGUCGUCUCGUCACCCUGCUCCGCCCGAAAAAACACUCGAUUCACCCUACCGACCUCCACCUCCUCCUGUCAACGAUCUACGCCAAGCGCAAGUCGGCUUCGCCCAGCCCGUCAGCAACUCCGACGUUGAAUGGCGACCCUCCGCCUCCGCGUCCUCCGCGUUCCUCGCCCCUCCUCGAACCGGGCGCCGAGUCGUGGCUUCCAAUCUGCCUUCCCCGCUUCAAUCCUCGCGGCUUCCUUCACGCCUACAUCUCCUUCCUCGACGUCGGCUCGUCUGGGCGGUCUGCAGACGGCAGUUCGGCGGAACCACCAGAAGACGGAGUCGGGCUCGUCCUGCUCAGCUCGCAACGCGACUCCUUCCUCGGCGUCAAGGCUGCGGCAGAAGGCAUCAAAGCGCGUCUGCUCGCCUCGCCGUCGGCAACGUCUGCUGCGACAUCGUCUUCGACGCUACCACCACCGGCUCCGGAUGGCGGCCUCUUGCACCCGCUCCUCCUCUUUCGCGCUCGGCAGUCUUAUUCGCUCGGCGAGCUUGCCGUACCGGGUCUGCGACAUUUCGUCUACAAGGACAAGUCGAAGGUGCAGGUUACGAUGUGCGGUUGGGAAGGCGAGUAUGGCGGUGAGGAGGAAAGCGAGGGCGAAAAGGCGAGACGCAGGCUCAUCACGCUUUACCAGCACCUCCACACGGCUCUGCAUCCUCGACCGGCGGCGGCAGGAGCGCCAUCGCGACAGGCAGCGCAAGUACAGUACCUGCGUACCGAGCACGAAGCGGUUCUCGGCCGGAUCACGUCGUCCUUCGAGCUGUACCUCGCCACCGCGCCUUUGCUUCCUCAUUCGGCUGUCGUCAAUGCGGCCAGGUCUAUCAGCAAGUUCGUCGCCGGCAAGGAGAACGAGCUAUUCCUCUCGAACGCUCCGUCGUUCUGA